AUGCCGAAUGCCUUAGCGGAUGCGCCCCAUGAGUCUGUGGAAGCAGCGCAAGCAGGAGGUGUGAUCAUAACGAGGGGGAGCAAGGCGAUUGGGGCUCAGACCCGUGCUGGAGGGAAGGAAGGAGAGGCUUCGAGAGGGCGAGAGGCGGAAGUGACUGUAACGAGCGGAAGAGGCAGGCAUGCGGGGCUGUUUGGUCGGUUCCACUCGUUUCUAGCGUCGCCAGCGCCGGUCGUGUUCCAUCCUCAGGUCCCGUUUGUGUUCGGUCCCCGGGUCGUGCUAGCCGCUCUCAUCUCCCUCGUGGGAGCAGCACUCGCCAAUGCAGGGGGCGUUGGGGGAGGUGGCCUAUUCGUGCCCAUGUUUAAUCUGCUGCUGGGAUACGACGCCAAGACAUCCACCGCCCUUUCCAAAUCGAUGAUAAUGGGCGGCGCGUUGGCAAGUGUGUGCUUCAACGUGCAGCUGAAGCACCCCACGUUCCACCAGCCCUUGAUAGACUACGGCUUGGCGCGCCUCAUGCAGCCCACGCUGCUGCUGGGCAUCAGCGUCGGCGUCACCUGCAACGUGAUUUUUCCGCCCUGGCUGAUCACAGUCAUGCUCUUCCUGCUGCUGCUCUUGAUGACAUACAAGACGCUGGACAAGGGUGUGGCCAUGUGGAUGAAGGAGUCCCAGGUGGCACACCAGCAUUCUGCUGUGAGGGCAACCCCUCUCCCUUCCUUCAGCGAUUCCUCGCCCCCCCGCCCCAUCAUCCCGCUGCUGCUCCCAUCGGACCGAACCACCUCGCUGCCCUCCUCCUGCCUUUAUUUGAGGCGACCUCUCUUGCUCAUAUUCCUCUCUUCCCCCCUCCCCGCAUCCCUCCCCCCAGCACCCCCCCGCCCCAUCAUCCCGCGGCUGCUCCCAUCAGACCGAACCACCUCGCUGCCCUCCUCCUGGUCGGACGUGCUCCGCCUCUCCACUUCCCUGCACGCCCGAUCCCACGCCCACUCCGUGCGAGCGCUCUUUGACUGCGAGAGUGUGGGCGAGCCAGCAGAUUCCAGCCUCCACGGGGCUGUGGAGUACCAGGGCUUGGCUCGGCACGGCCUGGCUUGGGAAGGCCAGGCUCGGGACGGCUUGGCUCGGGAGGAGGGGGUGUUUGGGUUCGGGAGCGAGACGCACUAUGCCGGGCGUCCAGGAGUGGGAAUAUCACCGGACGACACUGACAGUGCUGGAGGGCUGAGUCCCCGGGGGGGUGCCGGAGGGAGUUACAGCCGCGGGAGUGGGAGUGCUGGUCGCAUGGUCGGUGGUGGGUUCGGUCUGUCUGCUGCUCUUGCUGCUGCUUCGGCUGUUGCUGCUGGGUUGGAGGAUAAUGAUGAUGAUGAUGGUUUUGGUGGUGGUUUUGGUGCUGGUGAUUCUGCUGCUGGUUCAGGGUUUUUCUCAGGUGGAAUCAACGGAGGGGUGCGUCUGGACGUGCCGGGGCAGGGGGUAGAGGAUGGGGAGUCAGGAGGGGUGGAGAGGGGAGGGGAGGAGGGACGGAAGGAGAAGAAGGAGAAGAAGGGGCAGAGGAGGGCUGGAACGAGGGAGGAAGUGCGAGGGGGAGAUGGUGAGAGGCCGCAGCAGGAAGUUUUUGAGUCGACUCAAAAAUCGCCUCAUCACACGGGAGGGGAGGAGGGACGGAAGGAGAAGAAGAAGGAGAAGAAGAGGGAGGAAGUGCGAGGGAGAGAGGGUGAGAGGCCGCAGCAGGAAGCUUCCUACCCGUCUGCUGUUUCUGCUCCUUCAGGGGUUGACUCAGCGUCUGAUUCAGAGUCUCAGGUCCAUUCCAAGGUUGCUGCUGCUUCUGGGGGGCUCACCACCCCGCUGCUGCAGCCAGAAGCAUCAGGAGCAGGGGCAGGAGGAGGAGGAGGAGGAGAAGCAGGAGGAGGAGGUGGAGGAGGAGGUAGAGGAGGAGGAGGGGGAGGAAGGGGAAGUACGUCGCAGGGGUCUGCAGUACGCACCAAGAGUCUGAUGGAGGAGCUUCACUUUGGAGCCCCGCUUGAGGCAUCACUCUUCCAGCUGGUGGACUGGCGGUCAGUGAUGGAGCUCCUUCUAGUCUGGGCGGCCUUCCUCGCCCUACAGCUAGCCAAGCAGCACACGCCCGACUGCAGCCGCCCCUACUGGCUGCUCAACGCGCUCCAGAUCCCCGUUGCUCUGCUCGCCACCCUCGUGGGCGCGUUCCGCCUCUACAGGCAGAGCCACCCGUCUCCCAGGAGAAACUCCCGAGGCCGUGGUGGUGCUGCUGCUGCUGGUACUGCUGGUGGUGGUGCUGCUGCUGGUGUUGAAGCAUCGGAGCAGCAGCAGCAGCAGAGGGACGGUGGCAGCAGCAGCAGGGGAGAGUACCACACAGCGCACUGGGGCAUGCAGCAGCUGUGGGGGUAUCCGCUGUGUUCCUUCAUCGCUGGGGUGAUGGGCGGGCUGCUGGGCAUAGGAGGCGGCAUGGUCAUGGGCCCUGUGCUGCUCGAGCUCAACCUGCCUCCUCAGGUCACCGCCGCAACAACCACCUUCAUGGUGGUGUUCUCCUCGUCGCUCUCCGUGCUCGAGUUCUACCUCCUCGGCCGCAUCCCCAUCGAGGUUGCCCUCGUCUUUGCCGGAAUCGCAAUGGUUGCGGCCUUCUCUGGUCUUUCCAUUGUACGCGCUAUUGUCAUGCGCUACGGCAAGCCGUCGGUGAUUAUUUUCGCGCUCGGGUCGGUUAUCGGGCUGAGCGGGAUAGUUCUCGCCCCAGGAGCCAAGAUCGAGCCUCUCACGACCGUGGUCAUCAUCGCGUUGGGUAACGGCGUCGCCUACGCGCUCGCUGUGGCCGGAACACUCGGCAUUUCCGGGGGUCACAUCAAUCCGGCCACCACAAUCGCCAUGCUGUCCGUCGGAUUGAUAGACGUGCUGUCUGCCGUCGUUUACAUCAUCGGGCAACUCGUGGGAUCUCUCGUUGGCGUCGGCCUUGCAACUGCCGUCCUGCCUUCGGCUCUCAACAGGGUUCUCGGGGCGCCGUCGCUUCCCGCGGGCACGUCCUCGGGCACAGGUUUCCUGGCAGUGCUUCUCUUCACCUCGCUCCUCAUCUUCACCGUUUUCGCCACCGCAGUGGAUCCCAGGGGCCCAAUCGCACUCGCACCCCUCAUGAUUGGCCUCACCAUCCUGACCACCACUGCUGUGGGCGUGCCUCUGUCCGGUGGAACCAUUAACCCGGCACAGGCGUUCGGAACGGCGGUGUGGCAAGGUCUGUGGACCAAUCAAUGGAUCUACUGGCUGGCGCCAAUCCUGGCAGGCAUUGCUGUGGCGGUGCCGUAUGCUGUUGUCUAUCUGCUGCCUCUCAGCAACAAGGGUGAUGAUGAUGAUGAGAAGGUGUAA